AUGAAUUUGCCCAAGGACGGGGAGAGUCGCUCUUACCAGCUGGGAGCCAGUGGCGGUGGCAUGGCUGCAAGUACUACACCUUCACGGUCCAGCAAGUACAAAGAAGUACAGGUCGCCUCGGAUAGUAGACCAGCAAGCGCCUAUGCAAUCGAAGUCGUUCUACGGAGCUCGGCCCACCAGCUUCCCGCAAGACCUCCUGAACAAGAGGUUAGAGCCGCUGGGUACGGGAAGAUGGUGCGUUCGAGGCGGGCUCUUGAGGAUAUAACCCCUCAAGGCGCAUCGUCUGCAUUCAACCAAUCGAAGCGAGUUCGUGAACAAGAUGAAAUCGCCUCUGAAGCAAAUCAUGAUGACGCAUGA